AUGAGAUCAAAAAGAAUGGCAGCCAUUUCCUUCAAUCCUAGACUCAAUGUUCAGGGAGGCAGGAAGAAUCAUGGCGUUGUAGUUGAAGAGAUUGAAGGGCUCAUCAGAAUUUAUGGAGACGGGCAAGUUGAGAGGCCACCGAUCAUCCCUUCCGCCCCUUGCAUGGUCACAAAUGGUGUGGUAUCUAAAGAUGUUGCUAUUGAGAAAUUCACCAAUUUGUGGACACGUAUCUAUGUCCCAAGCUACUCCAGCAAGAUGCCUUUACUUGUCUACUUCCAUGGGGGUGGAUUCUGUGUUGGCUCAGCAAGUUGGAGAUGUUACCAUGAGUUCCUGGCUGCACUUGCUUCCAAAGCUGGUUGCAUAAUCUUAUCUCUCAACUAUCGUCUAGCUCCAGAAAACCGUCUUCCUGCCGCGUAUGAUGAUGGGAUCAACACUCUUAUGUGGGUGAAACAAGAAGCUCGGAAUGGGGCUAAUGAACACAAAUGGUGGUUAAACCAAUGCCGGUACUCUAGUUUGUUCCUAGCAGGCGAUAGUGCCGGUGCUAAUAUAGCUUACAAUGUGGCCAUCAGAUCCUAUGGAAUAUCUGGUUCCAGUAUCAAGCCUUUGAUUCUAAAGGGUAUAAUCUUGAUUCAACCAUUUUUCGGAGGAGAGGAAAGAACCAUAUCCGAAAUGCACGCCGCACAACCACCUAACUCAGCACUCACUCUAUCAGUUUUCGAUACCUAUUGGCGAUUAUCGCUGCCGUUAGGUGCCAACCGUGAUCAUCCAUGGUGCAACCCUUUAGCUGAAGGUGCUACUACAUUGAGGGAACUGAAACUUCCUGGUGCAAUGGUGUGCAUAUCAGAGAUGGAUAUACUGAAAGAUAGGAACCUUGAAUUCUGCAAUGCGUUGGCCAGUGCUGGGAAAUGGGUGGAAACAAGGAUGUAUAAAGGUGUGGGGCAUGCAUUUCAAAUUCUGCAUAAUUCUCAGUUUUCUCAAAUUCGGACACAGGAAAUGAUGUCCCAUCUGAAGGCUUUCAUUAACCAAUGAUCUCACUGAUAUUCUAUAGCAGUUGCUGUUGACAUUGCUAGGUAUCGAGUAAAGUAAAUUCUAGUUAACUGAAGGAUGGGUACAUACAUACAUACAUACAUACAUAACACUAGUAUUUAGUAACUAGAACUAGAUGCUACUUGUUUGGUUUAAGCUCGUCUGUACUCAAGUGAUACAUAUUCAAACCUUGUA